UGUUACAAUAGGUUCAAGGUAUUUAAAUGUGUUCCACGAGGCACAAGCAUCUUCAGAGAUUAGCUACAUACUCUACCUUGAAAACAUGUGUAAGCGAAUCCAUUUUGGAAGAUAAAACCUUAUCACAUUAUGAUAACCACGACGAGCCAAUGAAAUAUCAGCAUUUGAUCGUUUCCUUUUCUUAACGUCGUCCAAGCAGUGCAGGAAAAUGUUUCUGUAUUGGAUCUUAUUUUUCUUCGAGGCCGGUGGCACCGAUCACUUGGUACAGCCAUCUUUCUGUCACUUAAGCGCUGCAGAUAGUGGCCGAUCUCAAUUCCGCGGCCCUUAAGAAAGAAUUCAUAUAUCUAUCCCUUAUGAACCUGUCCAUGUCUAUAUGUACUUUCUUCGCUCUUUCGUACAGUAUCCUAGCUCAACGUCCUAAACUUCUUAUCGAAGAAGAAUCUAGUGCUGAAGGACCCAGGUGUCUUCUGUGAGAAUGGCCACAAAACCGACCGACGACGAAAAAGCAAUAUCGCCAACAACUUCUCCACCGGCUUCUAAUGAAGUUGAUAAUCUUGAAGCUCUUGGAUAUACUGCUGAGCUUCAACGGAAUCGAUCGCUGUUUACUCUCCUCUUUCAAUCGCUCGCAAUCGCAGCAAUACCUUAUGGAGAAGGGGGGCCAUUGAUUAGUGCCAUAUAUGGAGGAGGUCAGCUUUCCAUUUUCGUUGGAUGGAUUGUAGUUCUUGUUUUAGAUGAGUGUGUGGCUCUAUCAUUGGGUGAACUUGCUUCGAGGUAUCCAACUUCGGCUGGACCAUAUUAUUGGUCUUUUCAGGUGAGGAGAUUCUCCAAUUCUUGCUUUUCGUCACACAGACGUAGAUGAAGCAAUCUUCAACAAGAAUUUAUCUAGAGCAAAAGAAACAUAGGCCAUUGCUAAUCCAAGAAAUGGUAGGUGGCAAAAAGACACAAGACCAUCCUCUCCUUCAUCACCGGCUGGGUAUGGCUUAUUGGAAACUGGACAAUCACACUAUCCGUCAACUUUGGAUUUGCAUCUUUGAUAUCUGCAACCAUCGCCAUGUAUCAUCCAGACUUCGUAGCAUCUAGCUGGCAACUUACCCUCAUAUUCUAUGCCAUUUGUCUCCUGACACUUUUUAUAUGCACAUUCGGCAACCGAUUCCUACCAAUGGUAGAUACAAUCUGCGCUGCUUGGACGGCCAUCAGUAUCCUAAUCAUCCUCAUUGCCCUUUCAGUCUCGGCAAAGGAAGGACGACAUAGUGCUAGUUACUCCCUGGGCAAUUACGAUACCUCUUUUGCUGGAUGGGGAGGGUUCACUUUCUUCAUCGGUCUCUUACCCGCUGCAUAUACUUUCUCCGCGAUCGGAAUGAUCUCAUCUAUGGCGGAAGAAGUCGCCAAUCCCACGAUCAAAGUCCCAAAAGCAAUAGCCCUUUGCGUUCCUGUUGGCGGCACAGCUGGUCUAUUCUUCAUCAUACCAAUAUGUGUAACGAUGCCCCCUCUCGCCGAGGUUAUCGGUGCCCCAAGUGCUCAGGCCCUCCCAUAUAUCUUCCAUAAGGUCAUGGGGACACCAGGAGGUGGAUUGGGUCUUACAUUUCUCGUACUCGGCAUUACUAUGUUCUGUUCCAUUAGCAUAACAGUAGCUGCAUCCCGCUGCACUUGGGCGUUCGCCCGUGAUCAAGCAAUACCCGGCUCCAAAAUAUUUUCCAUUGUCAACAAAUCCCUAGACGUACCAGUCAAUGCCCUUAUACUAGUAACCAUUGUUCAAAUGCUUCUUGGGCUCAUUAAUUUAGGUAGUAGUAGUGCUUUCACCGCUUUCGUAUCAGUAGGAGUUAUGGCGCUUGCUAUCUCCUACGCUAUACCAAUCGGCCUCUCACUCCUAUGGAAUAGAAGACAAGAAGUGUCUCAUGCGCGCUGGAAUUGUGGCCAUAUUGUGGGAACAAUAGUGAAUGUGGUGGCUUUGGUAUGGAUCGCUUUUGAGGUGGUGUUGUUCAGUAUGCCUACGGCAUUGCCUGUUACAGAGGUGACGAUGAAUUAUGCGAGUGUAGUGCUGGUAGGGUUUAUGGCAAUUGCGGCGAUUUGGUAUGGCGUUUAUGCGAGGAAAGGUGAGUUUUAUCUCCAAAAUGAAAGUUUGGAAUAUACUAACAGAGCAUAGUGUACAAAGGACCACCAGCAUCGGAUGGUCUCUGAGGCUCUGCUACGUCCUUUUACCAAUUCUAUGCGCGUCGCUCUUAUGUGUUUCGCAUCUUCCUAGGAAUCUUUCCACAUGUAUACAGCUACUCAUAAUGCACAUAAUACCAAAGUCAUGCAGAUGUUGGAUUAGAACGUGGCCAGCUGCUUUUCUGAAUGUUCUAAGCCAAAGCAAGUGCACUUUCUACCAUUGACUUUAGCAAACCUUCGAACUUUAUGGUUCAAAUAUUUCUAACAAUUGAUUACGUUCGGUUAAUUAUUUUACAUUCACUGCCGCUCGGCAAUAGAAAUAACUCUCUGUUGCCUUGAGAAUCCAGCCG